UAAGCCAUCUUAAUAUAUAUAUGAGACAAUUUCCACCAAGGUAAUAUUUUUGUUAUUGAGCUUGGCAUAGAGUAUAUAUAAUACUCAGAGAUCAUGUCACCAUUUGCAAACGUUGAAGUUCAUACAUUUGUAUCACCUGUACGGCAGGAGCCUGAUUCAAUGUAUGGCAAUUUCUCAGGAAAUAAGACUUAUGAGACGAGCGGGGUUGAAACUUUAGCAUUAGAAAUGUUUAUCCAAUGGUAUCAAGCAUUAAAUGCAUAUGUUGAAUGCCAAGGAAUUGUAGAUGAAGAAACAAAAAUUUCUAUAGCUGAAUCAUUAUUAGAUUCUAGGCUGUUUACAAAAAUAAAACCAUAUACAUAUAAUACUUUGAAGCAACUACAAACAAUAGUGUUCAAUCAAACAUUUAUUCUUGGCCCAGAGCUUGGCGAUUAUAUUAACUCGAAGAUCGAUACUCUUGAAGAGAUGAUCGGCGCCCAAGAUAAAGAAGUUCUUGAAUUUAUGAUAUCAUUUAGUGGACAAAUGGAUGAUGUGUUAAAGUUCUAUUUUGAAUUCCAACCAACUAAAGUAAAGAGAUAUAAUCAAUUAUUAAAUUUCAAAAGUCGAUUUUUAAAAUUAGUUCAAAGAGUGCUACAGAGUAAACUAGAUACUUAUUAUGAUGAACGACAGAGAGAUUGUCCUGGGACUACUAUUACUGACUUAGCAGACGAGAUGUCAUUUCUUAUAGAAGGGUAUGUUAAUUGUCUUCUUCGAAUAGUUCAAAGUGAUAGAAAGCUCAAAGAAUUUCCAUUAGAUAGGCUGGUUAUGACGGGACUUCUUUACGAGCUAUUCUAGUAUGUGUCUCUUUAAUAUUUAAUGCGUGUAAUGACUAAAUAAAUGUAAUAUAAAAGAAAAAUGGUUAUCUUUAUUAAUUUCUGUAAUUAAUGAUUCUCUUGGCCAGCCUUGACUAAUAAUAACUUAAACUUUUUCGUAAUCUAAUUUCUUUAUCCCCCUGUGAACC